AUGACUAAUCCACCUAAAACCGAUCUCAAGGCCGAGCAUACUCAACUUAAGGAGAAAAUAAACGUCCUCAAAAAUAAAGUCGAGAUCCUUGAAUGCUCUGAGUCUCCUGCCCAUUCCUCAUCACCAUUUGCUCAAAUGUUACGGGAAGACACUCAGAGAGAACUUUAUGUGAACAAUGUCUUGGUCCACGGCUUUUCUGAACCAUCGUCUUCGUCUUAUCAUCAACGUAUCGAUGAUUAUAAAACAACGUUGGAGCAAAUUCUUGGACAUCAUAAAAAUAUUAUUCCUAAUUCAGCCAUGAAUUUCAUCCAUCUUGGUAAAGUACGUCCCGAUCAUGUACACCGUCUAAAGAUUAUCUUUCUUUCCAAAGAAGAUCAAAUUAGUUUUUUACGUGGGUGUAAUGAGGCUAAGCUCAACAGCUCUGAGUUCCCUGUUAGUUUCCUGGAUUGCCAGAGAAAAACUGCAUAUGAACGAGGACUAACUACGGUCAUUCCAAACUCGAACGUCGGACUAAGUCAGGUGAAGUUGUUUUACAAAUAA